AUGGCCGGUGAAGCCCAAACACAGCUUCUCUGGAUAGCCAAAGAGGUUGCAACCAGUAGAGUGGAUUUUGCCACCUUGAAUCCACGCGGAGCCUCGUUCAUGGUGAUAUUGAAAGAGGUGAUGUACUUCGUAGACAACCAGUAUCGAGAAAUCGGGGAUACUGGGGUAAGUUUUAGCGUUGCGCCCGACCAGAGAGCGAAUCUCGCCAUUGAAGUUGACCGUAGCUGUGAGGUUGUCACUAACAAAUCACAUCGGGCACUGCAAUGUUGGGGGCUGUUGGUAUCGUCAAGUGACCCUCAUGAAACUGAAGCCAAUAUCGCAGCUUCGUCAGCUCAAUCCAUGCGAACCGCGGAGGUUGCCUUUUUCAUGACAUGGUCCCGGGUGGUCCCUCAUCCCGAGCCCCAAACAGACUCGAUUGAGACUACGUAUAUUGGCGCAACUGAGUCCUGCGAUUCCGAUGAAACCUUUUUGAGCAGUCCAACUGAGUUGUACGGCAGAUAA